AUGGAGCGGGCACCGGGAGCGGGGUCGGGGUCGGGAUCCGGGUCCGGAUCGGGUUCGGGGUCGGGGUCGGGAUCGGGAUCGGGGUCGGGAUCGGGAUCGGGGUCGGGAUCGGGGUCAGGAUCGGGAUCGGGAUCGGGGUCAGGGUCGGGAUCGGGGUCGGGAUCGAGACCGGGACCGGGACCGGGACCGGAGCGCUGGGCCGCCACCGCCUGCGUGGUGACCGGCGCUUCCCGCGGCUUCGGCCGCAGCCUGGCGCGGCUGCUGGCGCCGCAGCUCGGGCCCGGCUCGGCGCUGCUGCUGCUGGCGCGCUCCGCCGGGGCGCUGGCCGAGCUGGCGACCGAGCUCCGCGCCGGGGCCACCGGCGGCGACACCGGCGGCGACACCGGCGGCGACACCGAGCUGCGGGUGCGGUGCGUGGCCGCUGACCUGGGCUGCGAGCAGGGGCUGCGGAGGGCGGGCGCUGCCCUGCGGGAGCUGCUGCAGGACGCGUCCUUCGGCCGCCUGCUCCUGGUCAACAACGCCGGCUCCUUGGGAGACGUCUCCAAAUCCUUCCUGGACCUCACCGACCUGGAGGAGAUCAACGCCUACUUCUCCUUCAACAUCAGCUCGGCGCUCUGCCUGACCUCCACGGCCCUGAGGGCCUUUGGGGCACGGCCUGGCUGCAGCAGGACCGUGGUGAACAUCUCAUCCCUGUGUGCCCAGGAGCCCUUCCCGAGCUGGGCUCUGUACUGCUCGGGGAAGGCUGCCCGGGAUAUGAUGUUCCGUGUGCUGGCGCUGGAGGAGCCCGGGCUCCGUGUGCUCAACUAUGCCCCGGGGCCUCUGGACACGGACAUGCAGCUCCUGGCCCGGACCAGGACUGGAGACCCGGGGCUGCGCCAGCACUUCCAGAGGCUGCAGGAGCAGGGGCAGCUCAUCGAGAGCUCCGUGUCAGCCCAGAAGCUGCUCCGGCUCCUGCAGGAGGAUUCCUUUCCCUCCGGAGCACACGUGGAUUUCUUUGACAUCUGAGCUCCUCCGCAUUUCCCUCCCUGCUUUGCUUCCAGCUGAGCCUUUCCCUGGUGCCUCCAGCGGGACCUUGUUCAAAUCCUGCGAUUUGGGAAGCCUUUAGGACACCCCUGUGUCCCUCUUGGUGGCCUUUUGGGGCUGGGCAGCAGCUCCUGCUGCUGAGCCCUCCCUCCCGGGGAUCUGGGAGCAGGGGUGGCUGUCCCGAUGGAAUGGCCCUGAAGGCUCAAACUCAGGAGUUUUUGGGAGCCAAAGGCACACGAGGGCUGUGCCAGCCCCUCGGAAGCCCCAGCAGGAGCUGUGUCCCCGUGUGUGUCCCCUUUGUCCCCACGGAGCCGUUCCUGGGGCCGGGCUGGAUUCUGGGGUGAGGUGCAGCAAAGCUUCUCCCGGUGGUUUUCCCACGAAGACCAGGAACCACCAGGAGAGGGAGCUGCCUUGGAGGAAUUGGGAAUUUUGGGAGCGUGGCUGGAGUCACCAGCUCGCAGAAACCUGAACAAAGGUCACAGCAAAACCAGCCCUGAGUUCCUGCCCUGCUCCCCUUGCAGGUUUUGGGUCCAAGCCUUGCUUUGGGGUUUCAGCCCCUUUUAACUAUUUGUGGAUUUUUAUUUUUUUUUCAUUUUUUCCAUCAGAUUCCAGCAGGCACAGACACACAGAGACUUUUCCUUUGGAAAGCUGGUGCAGAAAAGUUGUUUUGAAGCCCUGCGUGCCCUGGGAAUGCCCCGUGCCCCUCUGUGUCCCCUCCACCCCAACCCUGCAGCUCAGAUUUUGUCCCCCUGGCUCUCCAACCAUUAAAAUGUUAAAAUGAUUAAAAU